AUGGUCUCCGCCAAGAAGCACGUCCCUAUCGUCAAGAAGCGCACCAAGCGCUUCGCCCGUCACCAGAGUGACAGGUUCAUGCGUGUCGACCCCAGCUGGCGCAAGCCCAAGGGUAUCGACUCGCGUGUCCGCCGACGCUUCAGGGGCACCCAGGCCAUGCCCAGCAUUGGCUACGGUACCAACAAGAAGACCCGCUACAUGAUGCCCUCUGGCCACAAGGCCUUCCUUGUCAACAACACCAAGGACGUCGAGCUCCUGCUCAUGCACAACCGCACCUACGCUGCCGAGUACGACCACCCCCUCGUGCCUCGAAAAGAGGGGAAGCAACAAGAGCUGGCUAACAUGGACCCUAGGAUCGCCCACGGUGUUUCUUCCCGCAAGCGCGUCGACAUCAUCGCCCGCGCCAAGCAAUUAGGUGUCAAGGUCACCAACUCCAAGGCCAAGGUCACCACGGAGGUCUAA